UGCGGCUUGUUCACCGAUCAUCUCCCGGCUUCAUUUCCAUUUCUAGUUACAUAUUAGCAGCAUUCGUUAAACCACCAGCCAUCCCGCUUGCCGCUUCCCGCACGUUGCCACUUCAGAGUCUCAUUGUUAUUCGGAGGUAUUCCGAAUUGGGUCGCCACUUUGUCUGGUCGCAUCUCAAAACAAAGAAACCUACAUCUCACUAACAGCCCGUUCUGUUCUAAUCUGAGACAGUGGAAGAUGGGGGCCCCAGAGAAAAACAAAGGCGGCAUGGUCUGUCCCUUUUGCAACUGGGAAUCGACAACGACGGACGAAUACGCCAUCAUGCUAGUGUGUUUCUCCUUCCGGACCGCAUUGUUUGGGUGUGAACCCGUUAACUGACUGACUUCGACGCUAGCACAUGGAGACAAACCAUGCCGAGGGAGAGUCUCCCCUUGUGGUCGCUGACGAGGCUGCAGCGGCCAAUGGCGGUCACAUUCCAGAAGAAGAUGAAGAAGAAGAAUCUCUUUAUAUCGAAUGUCCGGCAGAAGACUGCGGGGAAGUCCUGCUCGCGGCCGACCUAGACUAUCACCUAGAACUCCAUGUCGCUGAGCAAGGCGGCAGCGCUUCUUCCGAGACUGAGACUGGCAGUCCCAUCAUCACCCCUUCCGCCCCGUCUCCAUCCCCAAAAGUUCAGUCUCCGCCGGCAAGGAGGCCAACAACGACGACGCGCACUCCUACCUCCCAUUCUUCGAGCUCUUCACCUAGACCUAGUACUACUUCUUCUUCGAAAGCCCACCGCGGCGAGACUGAACGGCACCGCCGAGGGGAGCGCAAGGACGACCAUCACAGCGACAGGAGUAGGGACAGCAGUAAGAGCAAAUCGAUAUGGCGGGCCUUCCUCGGAAUCCAUCACUCCCGUCACUCCUCUGAUGCGCCCUCUAUGUCUCCAAAGCCUCCAAAGAAGCGCCAUAGAGAGAGGAUGGCGGAACGACUGUCUGAACGAGCCCACGGGGGAACUACGAAGGUUAUGCGAGGGAUCCGACUUGGUAAAGCGCAGCUCGGUAAGUACGCGCACGAGGAGCAGAUGCCGGAUUGGCUUGUCAAGCACCUCGAGAAGGGACUUUAUGUGAAGGCUGAAGGCAUUAUUCCCGUGUUGGCUCAACUGUUCGAGCAAUGUUCUUCGACAAGACAUGCUUUGUUGUGCCACCCAAGCACAAAUCAUGUGUCAAAACUUAAGAGAGAAGGCGGUUUCUGUGGCUACCGCAACAUUCAAAUGUUGUCGUCGUACAUAAUCAGCACUGAAUACCCAGGCUACCAACAUUUCAGCGGCGAGAUCCCCACAAUCUUUGAUAUCCAAGAAAUGAUCGAGACAGCAUGGGACCACGGAAUCAACGCUCAAGGAAGGGUCGAGACGGGCGGUAUCCGCGGCACCAGAAAGUACAUCGGGACGCCUGAGGCGAUGGCCAUGUUCCGACUCUUGCAAAUACCUUUCGACGUCCAAGCCUUCAAAGACCCCGAGCCCGGCCACUCCGAAAAAAACCUACUAGACAUGGUCGAGCGGUACUUCCAAACGGGCAUCCUUCUCCCCGAAGAUCAAGAUCCCACCACACAGAUCCAGAAAGUCAGGCAGACCGACCUACCGCCAAUAUACUUCCAGCACGCAGGGCAUUCGAUGACCAUCAUCGGGCUGGAGUACGACAAGUCGGGUGCGCGAAACCUGAUUGUUUUCGACCCCAUGUUCCAUGAUGCGUCGAAUGUCACCAAACAUGUCGGCCGGGAGGUGCAUGUCCACCAUCACCUACACCCUCUUGCGGCGAAUAUGGCGCUUAAUCCGUACCGACGCGGGAGUAAGUAUCUGGGGAGGUUUAGGGAGUUUGAGGUUAUUAGGUUGAGGCCACGUCCGGGGAUAAAUGCGUAGAACGCCAUCGCGCACGGAAUGUUUACCUCUAGGGACAUCUCGCACAUGAUGUAUUGCGAUCAUCCUUUAUACUGCUGUCCUUAGUCAAGUUGGACAUAGCGAACUGCAUUUUUCUUGUUUUCUGGUACUGCAUUUCAAAGCGGCGUUUUUGUUCGUUCGUUUGUUUGUUUUGGUUAUCACAGCCUUGUCGUCACAGCUUUGUCUUUUCCUCACACCGGCGUUGCUUUUUUUUUUGUUUUAUACUACCGCUGCCUUAAUUUGUUCCUCACUUUCUAGAAAAUAUUCAAGCGGUCAUCUCCUUAGCGAACCACUCCUGCAACUUGGCCAGAGCCUUGGCGCGGUGGGAAAUCUUGUUCUUUUCCGUCUUGUCCAUCUCGGCGUAUCUACAUAAGUAGAAUUGCAUUAGUCAAAAAGUUCCGCGGAGUUGUAAACGAAAGAAGGAAAAGUUCAAUGCAUGGAUGGUGGGUGAUAACUUACGUCUGGCCUUCAUACUCAAAG